AUGAGAGCAGCAACCAUGGCAUCCGUGAGAACGGCCGCGAAACACGCGUCUUUAACGUCUUCUUAUUCUUCUUCGACGAGGUGCAGAACUUUCUCUUCCUCGUCGACUUCGACUUCGUCGUCGUCGUCGUUGAGACAAUCCAAGAAACACCAUUCGCACUGCAGGAAGUUUAGAUUUAACAGCAGUAGCAACACCAACAACAGCAACACCAACAACACCAACAACCUGAUCAUCAAAACGACGACGCGGUUUUCGUCGAAGAGCAGUCGUUUGAGCACGACGACGGUCGUUCGCGCGGUCACUAAAGAGAAGGAAGACGUGAAGACGACUCAAAAAGCAGCAGCAGCAGCUCUCGCGGAAAAAGACAAUGAAGGAAAAAAAGGCGACGAGUCCUACGACAUUUACAGAGACUCGCCUUUGAGAUAUAUGGGGUACGCGAACGAGUGCGGAGAAGCCUUCGCGGCUUGGUUACCGCCGUUGGGCGUGCCAGCCACGUACGGCGUAGCCGCGGUGUACGUUCUCGCGGAUACGUUCGACAAGGCAAUCAAAGCGAACAGGGAAAAAGGCAUGAAAGAGGGCGUUAUCGUCGGUUUAGACACGGUCACUUGGCAGAUGCUCGCUUCGGUCUUUUGGCCGGGGAGUUUCAUUCGCGUCAUGGUGAACGCAACCAACUUGUUGGUCUCCAAGUUACCUGCGGAUUUGUCUUUAGACGUUGGAGGUUUAGACGCGGAGACGAUUGAAAAAGCGUUGCCAACUGCCAUCGGUUUAAUGACUAUCCCGUUCAUCGUCAAGCCAAUCGAUAAGACCAUCGAUUGGGCGAUGGAAGAAUCCGUGACGAAAGUAUUGAGAGGCAAGUGCGAAUCUCCUGCGGAUUACGCCAAAGCCGCCGGUAUCGUUGGCGCGUGCUUAGCGGUCCCACCCGCGUUGUUUACCUUCGCCGGGGUGAUUGGCGACUUGGCCGCGUAA